AUGGCCGACCCGACCGCAUUCUACGAGCCUGAAGAGGACGAGCUUCUUUCGUCCCUUGCCGUCCCCCAGUACGGUGGCGAAGGUGGCUACGACGAGGAGAGCUACCACAGGAUCCAGGAGCUUGAGCAGAACGCCUACGCCCAGCAGCUUGCCGCUGCCGAGCAGGAGCAGGCCCAGGCCCUCGAGCAGGUGCCCGAAGAUGUCAAGCGCUUCCUUGUGCUCUUCCACCAGGCCAUCCUGGAGAACGACCUUCCUGCCAUCACCAACAUGUACGAGAGCGGCUGGAACAAGCUCACUCAGGCUCACUACCAGCAGGCCGAGUGGCCCGAGGCUGAGCUGAUUGCUCCCCUCGUCCAGAACGACCAGGUCUUCCUUACCCUUUACCGCGAGCUCUACUUCCGUCACGUCUACGCGCGUCUCCAGCCUACCAUUGACGACCGCUUCCAGUCGUACGAGAACAUUUGCGAGCUGUUCAACUACCUCCUCAACUCGGACGGCCCCGUUCCCCUCGACCUGCCCAUCCAGUGGCUCUGGGACAUGCUUGACGAGUUUGUGUACCAGUUCCAGUCGUUCGCCCAGUGGCGUGCCAACCCCAAGAACAAGUCGGAGGACGAGCUCGACAUGCUCGCCGAGGCGUCGCAGAUCUGGUCGUGCUACUCGGUCCUCAACGUCCUCUACUCGCUUGUCCAGAAGUCGCAGAUCAACGAGCAGCUCCGUGCUGAGAAGGAGGGCAAGAGCGCCGAGGAGGUUGCCGACAUUGCUGGCCAGUACGGCUCCAAGCCUCUGUACCGCAACCUCGGUUACUUCUCGCUCAUCUGCCUGCUCCGCGUCCACGUUCUCCUGGGCGACCCUACCCUCGCCCUCCAGACCAUGGAGAACGUCGAGCUGGGUGGCGGUGCCUUCCUCACUCGCAUCACUGCCUGCCAUGUGACCACCUACUACCACGUCGGCUGUGCCUACAUGGCUCUCGGCCGCUGGCCCGACGCGAUCAAGACCUUUGUCUCGGUCCUGAUCUUCUUCCUCCGCAUGAAGCAGUACCACACCAGGAGUUACCAGUACGGUUCGAUCUCCAAGCAGUCGGAGCGCAUGUACGCCCUCCUCGCCAUCUGCACCACUCUCUCGCCCGGCCCUUCGGACGACAGUAUCAUGACUAUCGUCAAGGAGCACUACGGUGACCAACUCACCACGCUCCAGCGUGGUGGUGAUGAGGCCCUCGAGGUGUUCAAGGAGCUCUUCCUCCAGGCUUGCCCCAAGUACCUCUCCGUCAACCCCCCUCCCUACGAGGACACCGAGGCUCUCCAGACUUGGAUGUCCAACCCUCCUCCCGACGCUGUCCAGCGCCACCUCGAGCUCUUCCUUUCUGACGUUCUCGCCAUCCGCGGUGUGUCCAAUGUCCGCAACCUGCUCAAGCUCUACACGUCGAUCGACGCUGCUAAGCUUGCGGCCUUCCUCGACACCUCGGCUUCCGGCGCCGAUGCCGAAGAGGAUGUCCUCCAGCAGCUCAUGGUUCUCAAGGCUGCCAGCCGCACCUACGGCAAGAGCCAGAACGACGGUAGCCUUCUUGACGGUGACCGCAUCGUCACCAACAACCUCGACUUCAGGAUCGACGGGGCCAUGGUCCACGUUGAGGAGACCACCUCCCACCGUCGUUACGCGGGCUUCUUCAUCCGCAACGCCGAGCACGCCCAGCGUGUGUUCAACACCAUUCACUCGUCGCCUCUUCCUUCCCAGCGUCGCCAGGGCGCGGCUGCUGACAAGGAGGGCAAGCAGGAUGAGAAGAAGACUGAGCGGAAACCCCAGGCCUGGGCUCCCAAGUCCCGACAGGUGCGAGUGGCCGCCUAG